GGGCGGAAACGUUGGAAAACUCAAAGUGACGCGUGGAUCAGGGCUUCUUUUGGGAGCAUUAAGAGGUUUUGGUGGCUUCGCCGCGCCGCGGACCCCUGGACCACAGUGCUUCUAAUCGUUGGCCUAAUCUUCGCUGUCCAUUACCUGAUGAUGCCGAGUUGUGGCAAGGGGAGGUUCGGGGGGUCCUUGAGGGAGGGAGUGACUGUGGAGGCUCCAGAAGUAGAACCUGAGCCUUUUGUAUCCAAGCCAGAGCUCGAACCCAGCCUGGACCUCAGUCUCAGCCCUGGUCCGAGGAGCCCCGAGGCGCCCUGCUCCAUCCUCCGACUGGGGGGAGCCAAGCCCGGGGUACGGAGAGGACGGCAAAAAGCACGUCAGGUUCGUUUCCACCUGGCAUCCCCGUGUCAGUCUUCCUCUUCCAGUGUGUCCCCACCACGGGGGAAGUUGCUCACAGAUUUGGAAAAUCACGAAGCAUUACUACACCUUGUAGUUCCAGGACUUCAAAGUACCCAGGCCCUGGGGCAACAACUGGAGUCCCUCAAGGAGGUCACAGCCCUGAAGCAGUUUGAUGCCCUCAAGGCUGCAGAGGAGCAGUUGAAAAGUUCAUUCCUAAGUCGCUAUGAAAUGGAGGAAAACAUAUCUGAGGGGUUAAACAAGCCUAGAUCCCAAAGACUCUACCGAGACCUGAUUAGCCUGCAGGUUCCAAAGGAACAGGUGUUGAAUGCUGCCUUGAUGGAAAGAUUGGCCUUACUUCCCCACCAGCCUCAGGGCCCAAUCCACAAAGUGAAGGAGGUUCCUGCAGCAAGUCCAGAGCUAAGCAUCUUCUGUGAUCCCCAAUCACUGGCCCAUGAAUCCCCACACUUAAUAUUUGAAGGGUUUCCUCUCUCCAAGCUAAGGCCACAGACCCGCCCUGCAGAGGACACCUUCCUCAUGCAUCAGACUCUCAGACGGUGGGAUACAUAGUACUACAGGAUUGUCUUCACUUUUAUUUUUGUUGUGUUGCAAGAUACACAUUGGGACUGUCCUUUAUGUUGGGUUUUAUAGAAAUAAAAGUUUGUUAUAAGAA